AUGACUACAAAAAGAAGAAAUCAUGGACGUAAUAAACAUGGACGUGGUCAUGUUAAACCAGUAAGGUGCUCUAAUUGUGCCAGAUGUGUACCCAAGGAUAAAUCUAUCAAAAGGUUUUCUAUUCGAAACAUGGUAGAAAGUGCUGCAAUUCGUGAUAUUACAGAAGCUUCAGUUUACAAUGAAUAUGCACUUCCAAAAUUAUACAUAAAAGUACAUUAUUGUGUUUCUUGUGCCAUCCAUUCUCACAUAGUUAGAGUUAGAUCUCGUCAAGGUCGUCGUGAUCGUGCUCCUCCACCAAGAAUUCGUUAUAACAAGGACGGGAAAAAGAUUAAUCCUACUGUUCAACAAAAAAAUGCUGCUUAA